GAGAUGAGGGUUUCUUGUAAUAACAACAUAGCAACAGGUCAGCCACGUGUUACUCAAACCUGUAGGACUGCAGGGAGGGCUUUGCUAAUCCCAGAACAGGGGUGUGACCUUGCCCCAUGUCCAGCCUCGAGAAAAUGUCUACAGCAGAUUUGAUGGAGAAUCUCAGAGAAGAACUCACCUGUUUCAUCUGCUUGGACUAUUUUAGCAGCCCCGUGACCACCGAGUGUGGGCACAGCUUUUGUCUGGUGUGUCUCCUCCGCAGCUGGGAGGAACAUAACACACCUUUAUCUUGUCCUGAGUGCUGGAGGACCUUGGAGGGCCCGCAUUUCCAGCCGAACGAGCGUCUGGGGAGGCUGGCCAGCAUCGCCCGGCAGCUCCGGUCCCAGGUGCUGCAGAGCGAGGAUGAGCAGGGCGGCUACGGGAGGAUGCCCGCUGCUGCUGCCAAGGCGCUCUCCGAUGACGAGCAGAGUGGAAGCGUCUUCGCAGUCCAGAGCCAUGGUGUAAACAGAGUGCAUCUCUCCAGCGAGGCCGAGGAGCAUCACAGGGAGAAACUUCAGGAAAUCCUCAAUCUUUUGUGUAUAAGGAGAAAGGAAGCUCAGGCUGUACUAACCCACGAGAAGGAGCGAGUGAAACUGUGCCAGGAAGAAACAAAGACUUGCAAACAGGUUGUUGUGUCAGAAUACAUGAAAAUGCACCAGUUCCUGAAGGAAGAGGAGCAGCUGCAACUCCAGCUACUAGAACAGGAAGAGAGAGAGAACAUGAGGAAACUGAGGAACAACGAGAUCAAAUUGACCCAGCAAAUCAGAGGCCUGAGCAAAAUGAUUGGACAGAUGGAGUCCUCCAGUCAAAGCUCGGCUUUAGAAUCUCUUGAGGAAGUGAGAGGAGCCCUGGAAAGGAGCGAGCCACUCUUGCUUCAGUGUCCAGAGGCCACCACCACAGAGCUGAGUCUGUGCCGCAUCACGGGAAUGAAGGAAAUGCUAAGAAAAUUCAGCACGGAGAUAACGCUGGACCCAGCCACAGCCAACGCCUACCUCGUGUUGUCCGAGGAUCUGAAGAGUGUGAAAUACGGCGGAAGCAGACAGCAGCUACCCGACAACCCGGAGAGAUUUGACCAGUCUGCCACCGUGCUGGGCGCUCAGAUCUUCACCAGUGGGAGACACUACUGGGAGGUGGAGGUGGGAAACAAGACCGAGUGGGAGGUGGGCAUCUGCAAGGACUCGGUGAGCCGAAAGGGGAAUCUCCCCAAGCCGCCCGGGGACCUGUUCUCACUGAUCGGUUUAAAAAUCGGAGAUGAUUACAGCCUCUGGGUGUCGUCCCCUCUGAAGGGUCAGCACGUCAGAGAGCCUGUGUGUAAGGUCGGUGUCUUCCUGGACUAUGAGUCUGGACACAUAGCAUUCUACAACGGGACGGAUGAGUCCCUCAUCUACAGCUUCCCGCCGGCUUCUUUCCAAGAGGCCCUCAGGCCCAUCUUUUCCCCCUGCCUCCCAAAUGAGGGGACAAACACAGACCCUCUCACCAUCUGCUCACUCAGCAGCCGCGUCUGAGGGGCUGAGCCUUCACAGCGAGCCAUGUCCGAGACCAAGACAUAACUAUUAAGAUGAUGAAGGCAUCGGCAGUAUUAAUGUCAGGUGAUCUGGAAUAAACUCCCCGACCCCCACCCCACCCCCAAGAGUUUCCAUUAACUUGAUCCCACUAGGAACAGCCAAAUUACAAGAUCGACUUCAACCCCAACAGAAGAGAGCUGAUCAUAUUCUGUGUCGUUAACUAAACGUCUUCUCUAGGCUACCCCAUGUAUGUGCUGGUCGCUCAACUACUGAGACCCUAUUACCAUGAAUCCUACUGCCAUAGGCCGGAUUUUAUAAAUAGAUGUCACUUGUUCAAGUGUAUUUAAUUAUUUGACUCU